AUGGCCCAGGAGUCCCUGUGGAUCGGCCAGACGGCACUGGCCCAUUUGGCUGAGGAAUCCCCAAACAACAUCACCGCCGAGCUUCUUCGCGAGCAAGCAGAGACCUGCCAAACCAAGUUCAAUGCCCUCGUCUCAAAGCUCCCCGCUUACUUCGAGGAGUCAGUCGUCUCCCUGUGGAAGGUCGAACACUCCCGCUUCGAAGCCUGGGUUCGCAGCAUCCCCUCAGACGAACGCCUCCAGGGCCUCCUGAACAACCUCCUCCGCAUGUCCUCGCCGUCCCAUAAGACGCAGCCAAUUUUCAGAACUAUGAAAUUGAUGGACUACUUCGUUAACAGCACCAUCUCCAUCGUGGGUAUUUCCACCCCAAUCAGCCUAGCAAACACCGGAGCCCAUGGCAUCCCCGCCCCAUCACGACCAGGUACAGUCCUGGCCGAAGACUACUGCCUCCUCGUCCGCGGGCACAUCUCCACCCUCAUCACCCUGCUCGAGGAACUCUUCACCUUCACCGAAGGCAUCACAAAGUCCCCCCGCGACGAGGCACUCACCAAGUACCUCGCCGCCCUGGACAAACACCGUCUGAUAACGAAGCUACCGCACGCCACACUCGAACUCGUCCAGCGCGUCGCAGCCAAUAUCUCCGAGCGCCGCAUCACCCUGACCCUCCGCCACGAGCGCGCUCGGGACGGCGUCCGCCCCGCAACCCGCCCAACACCCGCCGGCUGCCUUCCACGUCCCACCCGAGCCAAGGACCUCCCCCCGAACGGCCCCAUCACGUUCGACUGCCCCUACUGCCUGACGACCGUGACCGUCCGCGACAGGUUCGCCUGGAACGAGCACCUGUACACUGACAUCCAGCCGUACGUGUGCAUAUUCGCCGACUGCGACACGCCGCUGCGCCGUUGGUCCAGCCGCCAGGGGUGGUUGAACCACAUCGUGAGCCGACACGGAAGCAAGCAGGAGGACCCUCACCGGGACGCGGAGGGCGAGCAGAGAUCCCCAGCAGCCUUUCUGGCGAAGAAUACCUGUCCGUUCUGUGAUCUGGGCGUUGAGGACUUGAAAUUGGCACCUCCUUGUGUGGGAAUGGCCUGGCACAUCGAGUUCCAUCUCGAAGAGCUCAGCCAGAUGAUCUUCGUUGGCCCGGUUGAGAAGAUCAAGGAUUAUGAUCCGGUUGUUCCGGCUCGGCUUCGUUCUGGGCGCCCUGGUAAUCCGUUGCUUUGGGCUUUGAUGGAUUGUUAG